AUGGUAGCAUUGAAGGGCUUUUGCAGGCUCCCCCGAGAGUUGCGCGACCAGAUUUACGCAGAGUACUUCACCAUCGAAGGCGGUUAUCAUUACGACCAUGCAGCAAACAAAUUAGUCACAGCCGCAGGUGACGGCAUCGAUCUCAACGUCAGGCUGACGAACCGCCAGGUAGCAGUUGAGACUCGAGGGCUUGCAUUCAAGCUAAACGCAGUCAACUUCUCAACUGUGUACGACAGGGACCUUAACCAGAGAGCCGGCAACUUCAACACCCUUGUGACUAUAAUUAAUGACUUGAAAGGACGAUACUUCCUCAUCGAUGCUCAGCGAUCUCGCUUAUUCGACGCCAAAGUACGCACAUACGUCGAGGAGCACCAUCCUCAUUUCCUACCUGUCCUGGACGCGUUGGAAGCCGGUAGUGUCACGAAUAGCGACAGUUAUGUGUGGAAGGAGACUCCGUCACAGUCGCGACACUUCGUAGAAUCGACACUCCACGUCAUGGCUGCGCAACCGGAUUUUAACGAGACCGUCACUCGAGCUUCGAAUUGGCACGGGAGAGAUGAUAAUCCCCGCCCUGAUCCCUUCCCUGUGGUAGCGCACCAUCAUGUGCCUUGGAGCCUGCCCAGUGAGGAGGAACUUGCGGCGAUGCGCGAAAUAGUAUCGCCACAUCCUAUUGUAGCCACCCGGUUCAAAAACUGGCAGUACUGGGAGAAGGAGAAGUACAGGCUAUCCGCGGCCACCACGUCCAUCGCCUUCCUUGGAUCUCUGACCUGCAAGACACGACUCGAGUUGCGCAAUUUGGUCUUGCACGAAGAUCACGUCGCGGUUGCGUGGCCUGAGUGCCAUGUGCAAGGCUUGAUACCAUUCUGUCAAGAGAAUUCUAAGUUGCGCAUAGAGCGUAGAGUUUCCCUUUGGAAAGCCAUGCUACCUGCAGCCGCCGCCUCGCUCUACGCGAUUAUGACCAAUCCACCCGCAGCCCAACGGCGAUCCAGAUACGACUGCGUCCCUCCACAAAUACUUAGUCGAGGAAGUUUUGGCUAUAGCGGCGUGGCUGACUGGAUAAUGGAGGCGCUGGCUCUCGAAUCUCUUGGGAUGCCAUCGGGUUGCUUCACUUUUGUCAUCGACGGCGAGCCCACACCUGAGCAGUCAACACGGGUCUUCAACAUCCUACAGCAUAACGCCGCAUGGCAGACUGCCUAUGACCUCUCUAUUCACGAUUCGACCGUGUGGCCAGUCCCACUCACGUGGUUGCAAGGUCGAGACCACAAGGCAUACAUCAUGAGAGGGUUUCCCGAUGCCUUGAAGGCUAUUAGUGCGGGUAGGUCAGUCGUCAAGUGCGACAUCGACACCGGGCUUGGACUUGAUGUGGACAAAAUCAUUGCGGAGGGCCGAUCAUGGACCCAGAGAGAAUGGCUAGAGAACUGGUCGUCGACUGUCCAGCUUCACGGCAACAUACACACUAGUGACCCACUACCGAGCUGGAUUGAGCUCCGGAUGGAGGAUAUGUUGGAGGAGGAAGGAACGGAGUGA